CGGGGGGAGCUCCCCAAAGCAGGAACGCACCACUACAGCGCGGGAGGGUUGUGGUUGCCAUGGCGACAGGGCUGGGACGCUGCGGCCUAGCGCSAGGCCCGCUCCCGGUGCCUCCUCCCCGCGGUCUCCGCUGAUUCCUCCGGUUCCCCCCGGCUCUCUGCAGUCGCCAGCACUCCUGGAGACCGCCGGGCCUGGGGGGUACCGUGCCGGUCCCCUUCCAGCAACCUGUCUCGGCAGGGCGCUCUAUCCAUCCCAAUCCUGGUGACCCCAUUGGCCCCAGAUUUUCCCAGGCCAUUUUCCCCCCAUUCGUCCCAUCCCGCACCAUGGCGCACCUCCUGGGCCACCGCGGCUGCAUGGAGAGCCUGCGGGCCGACCUGCGGGACCUGCAGGCCGCUAUCGCUGACGUGACCUCCCGGGCCGGCGCUGUGCGCUUCCCCUCCUGGAAGUUCCCCGACAAGGCGUCCUGCGACCUGGACAUGUCGGUGCUGCUGCAGCGCUACAGGCACAGCGACAGCGAGCCCGAGUUCAGCCAGCACGCACAUGUGGUGCUGCUGGAGCUGGUCAUAGACAGGUGA